UAUGCUGCCUGGGCAGUGCCAGGAAAAGUGCCGGACGCGACAGGAGAGACGACUGGACGUGACAGGACUCAAAGAACCACAGUUUGUAGAGUUUAAUGGGGGAUUUAGUCAAGUUCAACUGGACUGGUUCAAUGAAGUCCUUAAGUUCUCUGACGAAAACGAAGAAAAAGUUGUAGUUAUGGGUCAUCUGCCCAUUCAUCCAGAUUCUUCAGACAGAGUUUGCCUAGCCUGGAAUUAUGAAGAUGCCCUUUCUGUCAUACAUGCUCAUCAGUGUGUGGUGUGCUUUCUUGCAGGGCACCUGCAUGAUGGUGGCUAUUGUUUAGAUUCUCAUGGAGUUCAUCAUCUAACUCUGGAGGGGGUUAUUGAAACUCCACCAGAAAGCAAUGCCUUUGGAACUAUUUAUGUCUAUGAUGAUAAAAUGAUAUUAAAGGGAAGGGGCAGAAUUUCAGACAGAGUGAUGUAUUACUGAAAGCGGUAAGCAGAUGAAUGCAAAUUGUUCUUCUUCAGGAAUUACCCAAACUAAAACAUAAUAGCAUCUACUGCAGCAAUGGGAUUCAGCAUAUUCAGCAUAUUUGUUCAUAGAAAGAUCUGCCUGGCUGAUCCUUGUACAUUUUUCCUCAAACAUUUUUCUCUCAGAUAAAAAAUUUUAUAAGUUAUGUUUUUGUAAGAAACCAAAUCUAGUCUCUUUUUGCAGAAUAAAGAAGGUCAGUAACUGUGAAAUAAAUGUACCUGAUUGCAAAGUUUUGACUCAGAACACCCAAUCCUGAAUGUUACUGUGGAAAAAAAAAAACAUUAUUAGGAAGGCUGUCUUUAAAAUCCACCAAUAUUUUUUGCUAUUGGUCAGACUUAGGACAUGCAAAAUUGUUCCUGCUCAUCAGCAUUUCAACUUUUUUUCAAACAAAGUCAGCAAUGUCUCCAGUCUGGCAAAAGUUUCAUCCUGUAGCCCAAUACAGUCGUCUUAAGUUAGCUUUUUUCAAAAUUACUUUUGUCUUUUAAAGCAAGACCCAAGGAAAAUGGGGACCAUCUGUGCUACAUCAGCACAGUACUAAAAGGCCUAAGCUAAAAAACCUCAAGCCAGGAAGACUAUGGCAUCAUGUAAUGCCACAGAUAUACCAGCUGGAAUCUACACAUACCUAGCUGUAUUAGCUUGCAGCAGUAUUAAACUAACAAGCCCUGACUUUGGAAGACUUAAAGCCUGUUGCUGUGCUGCAUCUGAAGCUAUGCUGGCCCUCACCCAGCCACCUUGUGUGUCCAGUGUAUUCACCUGUGCUUUCUUUUCCAGGAUUAGUGCUGACAGCAUGCUUACUCUGUCUAGACUGCUGUAUAUGUUCUGCUUUAUAGAAACACAUUCUGUGAAAAGCAGAGAGUUGUGAUAGUGACUAUGUCUGCUAGUGGCAGUCUUGAGCGUGCAUCUCACAGAAAAUAAAUAUAUGCAAACUUUCUUUGGAUUUUCUUUAGGAAAAUACUAUUUAUUACUUUACAAAAACA